CAAGUAUCAACAGAGUGGAGGAGAUCACGGGGACAAAAGUGCCCUCUUACACUCUGGACUUGUUGGACAAGAGUGCCCUAAGAGACAUCUUCCAGAAGUAUAAAAUCUCUGUUGUGAUGCAUUUUGCUGGACUGAAAUCAGUUGGAGAAUCUGUGGCAUUACCUCUUCUCUAUUACCACACAAAUGUCGGAGGAACCAUCAACUUACUAGAGGUUAUGAAAGAGUUUGCUGUUAAAAAUAUCAUAUUUUCAAGUUCUGCAAGUAUAUACGGACCACCCAGCUACCUGCCAGUGGACGAGGAUCACCCUGUUGGCAACUGUACUAAUGCCUACGGCAAAACCAAAUUCUUUAUUGAGGAGAUUAUUCGAGACCAGUGCAGUGCAGACAAAACAUGGAAGGGAAUACUGCUUCGAUACUUUAACCCGGUUGGGGCACACAAAUCUGGCAAGAUUGGUGAGAACCCUCAGGGUGUCCCAAACAAUCUCAUGCCCUUCGUUUCCCAAGUUGCUGUUGGCAGGAGAGAUUGUCUCACUGUUCAUGGAGGAGAUUAUGAUACACCAGAUGGCACAGGUAUCCGAGACUACAUCCAUAUAGUUGACCUGGCAAAAGGUCAUGUGGCUGCUAUAAAUAAACUGAAGACUGACUGUGGAUGUGUGGUUUACAAUUUGGGCACUGGUAUCGGCUGCUCUGUGUUAGACAUGGUCAAGGCAUUUGAGAAGGCUUCUGGGAAAAAGAUUGCAUACACGAUUGCACCUCGGAGGCCAGGGGAUAUAGCAACCAUUUUUGCAAAUGCAGAGAAAGCGGAGAAAGAGCUUGGCUGGAAGGCAAGCAUGGGUCUGGAUGAGAUGUGUGAAGAUCUCUGGAGAUGGCAGUCAAACAAUCCAUAUGGAUAUGGAGCAUCCAGUUAA